AUGGCAACUGUGGAUCCAUCUAGUACGGUGCACAGGGUCUCAGCUGUACAUGCGGAUAACUACAUGCAGCAAUAUGAUGCACGAGGGCAUCCGGUGAACCCCGAUUCCAAGGCUCUGGGACGGGGACUGCGCAGAGCUAAAAACGAUAUUCUUUCCACCAUGGGGAUUGUGGUCAGUGGAGAAGACCGUAAUGUCAAUUCAUCCAGUGAACAGCAAAAAAUCUGCCAGAUCGCAGCCGAAAACGACUGUGGUUUGAUAAUCACUACCCUGGACCAGUUUUUCGUCUUCUUUAGCACCUGGUGGUCUUCAUCCCUUACUGGACGAAUCCUGGCCUACAAGCAUUACACACAUGCUCCGCUUCUUGAUGUCAUACGGGCUGAACGCGAUGCCUCGGGUCUGCUCAGCUUCUAUUGCGCCGGAAUACCGGCGUGGGCAGCAUCCAGCGCUCUUGCAAUAGCCCGCGAUAACUCUCUCAAGCGAGUUUUCGUUACGGCCCGGGAAUAUGCCUUGGAAUUUACAGGGAAAGGAAACUUUUCUCUUUUCCUAAGGUCUCUUUUCGGAGUGUUAUACUCUGCCGCAAGGGGCUCAGUUCUUAUCUUGUCCGUGGAGGCUUACAUGUGGUCGAUGCUACAAACGCUCUCACUCGUUCCUCCGAAUGCUUUCCCCAGCGUUUCUUCAUUGAUUCCAUUUGGGGAAAGAUCUCUCUUUCGACUUCCGGCUCUGCCCUCUGACUUUUCUCCACUCUCCGUCGUGGGAUUUAUCCUACAAACUCUCGCCUCUCCAGGGAUGCUGACAGUCAUAUAUGCCUUCUUCCUACGCCCAGAACUGGAAGAACGUAUUUAUAGGCUGGUGCGACGUCAACUUCCAAAGCCUACUCUAGCAGAUGAGCUAUCAAUUCGUGUUGCCUUUGAGGAGAAUCUCAUUGAAUGGGUUGUGCCAACUCUUGGACGGCGUGCGGAGGAAGAAACUCGCCGUGCAAAGCUCACAUUACUUGAAGAUAUCGGACAAGAGCUUCUUCUUCUGCGUGAUUGGGUCUUCUCGGGCUUUGGCCUCUUUUCAACGAAAAGGCAAAACAGGGCUGAAAUGCAGCGUUAUAAUCAAGAGGGAAUCGACAACUUGAGAAACUCGAUCGAAUCUUUACAACAAGAGCUUGACGAUGCUCAAAGACACAACUCACGUCUUGAAACCGAGUCAUUGCAGCGAGAACUCAACGAUGUUCGAAGGCAAAAUGCUCUUCUUGCAAGAGAAUUAGACGAGCUAGAGGGCCCUCGAUCGGUCAGACAAGAACCUGAUGAAGCUCAACGAGAAAGUCGCGCCGCCCCGUCUGGUUUGAAUGAGGUAGAGGCCUCACCUCCGGAGAGCGCUCUGCCACCAGCAUCUUCAGCUGCCGAGCCACGCAACCUACGCUCACCUGAGCUGGAAGUUGGUACUGACGUGGGCCAAGUGCUCACAAACCGGAGUCGCUCGUCUCAGUCACCCGGGGAGAUGAGCAGUGACUCCUUCUCAGGAGUGGCGACUAAUGGACGAAGAAGUGCACCUUCCAAUGCUUCUCGCUCUCAGAGCCAACCCAGCAAUGCCCAGCAACCUCCCCGUCCCGCUCCCCAAUCAAAUAUCCCAAGAGUCCUUCAAGACCCCCCAGGGCUACGUCCACCUUCUGUGGCAUCUGAGCGCAGGUCAAUAGCCGAGUUUCUUGAGGCGCUUAUCUUAAGUCGCGCACAGAACCAGGGCACCCAACAGCCGCCCGCUGCAGAUCAAGAUGACCUGUCUAGCAUAACCGCGGGUGCAAGCUAUACUACGGGUCAAGAAUCCCAGCCAGCCGAGGAUAAUCAGCAAAACACAGCUCAAGAAGCGCCGACCUCUGUUGUAGCAUCGCAACCAAUCCUUUAUGAAGAGCCUCAACUGUUAGGCCCGCCACCCAACAUUCUGCCUGACGGGUUUGAAGAACCAACUGAUGAUGAGCCUGACGCUCGACUUCCUCCUUAUGAAGAGACUGGGCCCGUCGAACCCCAAGACGACUCUGGAGAACCAAGCCCGUAUCCUAAAGGCCCGGGCCAGCCAACCACCGCACAUCGGGUCACUCUUCUAUCCGCGCAUCCUGUGGACUCUCUUGCAUCCCACGUAGCAGCGAUAGUGACUACUAUCAUCCUAUCUCCCCUCGAAUCUCUUUAUGUUCGGUCGUUGGCUCAUGCCUUCCUUGCCAUGAAUUCAUCGCCGCAACUCCAAAUCGGCGACCUCUAUCCUGUUGGGUUGUGGCUGGGUGGCCGCUCUUGGAAAGAUGUAUCUGCUUACUGUGGAAGAAUAAUCCUUAUGAGAGGCAUGCAGGCUGCUCUUAGAGCGGGUGUUUGGGGGUUUCUAGUUGGCUCAACUAUGAGGAUUGGCAGGAAGUUCUAUGGCUGGGGAAGCCUGUGA